UCGUGAAGUUCAGCCGGCUUCCAGGCAUUGUGGAUAAAAUGCUAACUGGUGUGGCGGCUGGUGCAACAGCUGCCAACAAUGGACCAGCUGAGACUUUGAAGUUUGGCAACACACUUCUGCCUGCCAUAAGAAUGGUAAGGUUACAAAACGCUGGGCCAUCAAUCUUCACACAAGAACUGGCAGAAAUGGUUUUCGGCCAGACGACCCUGGGUACCCAAAGCCUGAGGGGCUCGACCUUUGGAGAAGGAAAAGAGCCCCUGCACAAAGAAACUGUGGAUGACAUUGUCGUCUACGUCAUGAACAAAUUUCCUGGAGAGUGUGAAGGGAAUGUCAGGAGGUACUUAAGACGGAAGUGCAACAAUGCGGCCUCCUCACUGAAGAAGAAGCCUACCUAUUUCUGA